AUGGAAGGGGAAUAUGAAGAAGCGGAAGGAGACCACGCAAAAUACCCAAGCCGCAGGUCUUCGGAAGAUUUCGAACAGGCACCGUUAGUCUUGACGUUAUCAGAAGCCGCAGAAUGUCUUCACACGUUGGGAAAGUGUGAUUCGGGUUUGGGAUACGCUUAUUUAGGUUUGAACGCUUCUAACAAGAGUCUGACUGACAUUGGAAUUAUACUGUGUUUCAAGUAUGUCCUGUAUGUGGACGUUUCCGGAAACAGAUUAACCGCCGAUGCUCUUCGCGUCCUCGCGAAGAUGACAUAUCUUCUAAUGAUUCAGGCUGACAGGAAUAAAGUAUUAUCCGCGGAAAUGGUUUCUAUGCCAUAUCUCCAGGUACUGACUUUAAAUAAAAACAAAUUAAAAAGCACAUCAGGCAUCUCCCACAAACUUCUAGAAUGUCUCGAACUAAAUCACAACAACAUAGAAGAAGUCACGUUAAAUCCUUACGAUUUAGAGAAUCUCAAAGUCCUUGAAUUACGCGGAAACAUACUAACUACCACGAACGGAAUAUUCUUUCCUGGAUUAAUUCGUUUGUACCUCGCAGAGAAUCAAAUUGAAAAAUUAGAAGGUCUGGAGAUUUUAAUCAAUUUGAAAAUAUUACACCUGAGGAGUAACAAAUUGUCAAAUAUGGAAGGAUUUGACUCACGUUGCGCCAAGCUCGAUUACCUAAAUCUCCGGAACAACGAAAUCGCUAAAAUUUCGGAAUUAGAGAAAUUAAGCUGUCUGCCUUCGCUGGAAACUCUCGUCAUUUUAGAAAAUCCUGCAAUAACUGACAGAGAAGGAGACGAAGAAAGUACGUAUAGGCAAAUAAUAUUGGCUAUGUUGCCUAACCUGACGCGAAUCGACAAAGAUUCAGUGCUGUACGAAGAGAAAAGGGACGCCAGAGAAUUUCGUAGACAGAUGAUUCUCGAUGGAACAAAAUUCACAGACUUUGACACUAGUCCUGCGCGUGAAGAAUGA